UGCGAAGCAAUGUGAGAGAGAUAGCGUUUUGAUAACCCUCACCCUUUCUUUAUUAUUUAUGUUAGUUUUUGUAGCCUCCUGUUCUUAUGGGAAGCAGUUCUGGAAUGUGCUGGAAGUGCAGGGAAGAGCUUUGAAAUCACGCCUUCGCCAAAAUGCCUACAAAAAAGCCACCCUUCAAGAUAAUUCUGGGCUCUUCUUCCAAGGCUCGUAGAGAGAUUCUUUCUGAGAUGGGAUACGAGUUCACAAUAAUGACUGCAGACAUUGAUGAGAAAAGUAUUAGGAGGGAAAAGCCAGAAGAUUUGGUAAUGGCCUUAGCUGAGGCAAAGGCUGAUGCUAUUGUGAAAAGGCUCCCAACUGGAGGUGGAUUGGAGGAAGAUGAUUCUACAACACUGCUAAUUACCGCAGACACGGUUGUGGUGUAUCGAGGAAUAAUCAGGGAAAAACCCACCAGUGAAAAAGAAGCACGUGAAUUCAUCAAAGGAUACUCUGGUAGUCAUGCAGCAGUGGUAGGAUCUGUUGUAGUAACUAACCUUGCAACUGGAAAACGUUGUGGGGGAUGGGAUAGUGCAGAGGUUUACUUCCUUGAAAUUCCAGAUGAGGUCAUUGAUAGUCUGAUUGACGAAGGAAUUACAUUCAACGUUGCUGGAGGGUUGAUGCUGGAACAUCCAUUGACAUUACCCUUUGUGGAUGCUGUAGUUGGCUCAACUGAUACAGUGAUGGGACUUUCCAAAGCUCUUACUGAGAAACUCUUCUUGGAAGCUCAAUAGCUGGCGCAACAACAGUCACUAUAUUCUAAGAGAUACCAAGUGCUGGUGACGGCGAAAAUUACUGCAAUUAUAUUCAAAACUUUUGUUUGACCGAUUCUUGUAAGUCAAAAAACAUAAAAAAGAAUUGUUUGUUCUUUAACUUCAAUGCUUUGUCUCCCAGUCUUGCAUGACUUUAUUGAUUGUAUUCACAAUCCACUCUUGUAUUACAAAUUUAUCAAACAGAUGAAUGCAUCAGAGGCUAUUCCUUUGAAUUGCAUUUUCCAGGA